AUGAUGAACUUUGAGGGAGGGACGGGCUACGCCGAGUCGGACGCCGACGACGAGUACGAGCAUCACAUGGGCGACCACUCGCCCGUGGGCGAUUCCGAGACGUCGCCCAUGGGUUCCGAGCUGUCAACGUCGGCCGAGCACACGCCCACCACCUACGGCCAUCGCAGCAGCAUGGACCGCCUGCCCGAGACCAUCAUCACCGAGUGGACGGCCGAGGAGUGCGCGGAUUUCAUCAGCGCCAUCGGGCUGCCGCAGUAUGCCGAUACGUUUCUAGAAAAUGACAUUGUUGGAGAGGCCCUGGUUGCGUUGCUGCACGAUGAUCUCAAGAGCAUGGGCAUCGCCAGUGUGGGCCAUCGCCUGACCAUCCUCAAGAGCGUCUACGACGUCAAGAAAGCUCAAGACAUUCCCAUGGAGAGCGACCACUACCUACCACUAUCCGCCGAUGCCGAAGCCCAAUAUGCCACGGCAACGCUCAAGGACAUUCGACAUCUAGUAGAACAGCUUCGGUUGCGAGACGAGCGAAUGAGCCUACUGGAGCAGGACCUGCGGCGGAUGAACGAAGACUUCAAGCGUCUGAGGGAGGACAUGCUGCCGGCGCUGCGGCUGGUCAAGGAUGUCCAGCACCCGCUGCCAAACGUCUCCGGGCCCAGCCAACCAUACGCAUACGAGGCCACGCUGUCUCCGCCCGCGCCGACACCGCCCGGGGCCCAGCCCGGCGAUCGAGGGGUGAAGCGGCAGUACUCCCAGAGGCGGAUCCUGAUCGGAGCGACGCCCAAGAGCAGCUCGCCAACGCAAGCGACGCACGACCAGCGCAUCAUGCCGGAACAGACGCUCGACCCGUCCAGCGCGGCAGAGAGAGCCGUCAUGUCGUCGUCGCACCUGGCUGCGAUGAACGGAGGCAACCAGCAUGCCUCACCCUCAGGAUACCCUUCGCCAAUCAUACCAUCACCGACCUCCCCCCAAAACCACAUGAGCGCAGCGACUCUCGGCUCUCGAACGUACAACUCGGCGGCGCCCUCCGUACGGACGACGUUUAUCGAAGGAGACCUCGGCUACGGCUCGCGAGACAAGGCCGGGGCCGGAGGGUCGAUUCGACGCCGCGAGACGCCCGUGCCCGAGACGCCCAGCUCCAAGGACUCUGUCGAAAUCUUCAAGUCCUUCCGAGUGAGCAUGGACGACCCGUGCUACAAGGUGCUGCCGGCUGCGCUCAAGAAGUACCAGAUCAACGCACCUUGGGACCAGUACGCCCUGUACAUUGUCUACGGCGACCAGGAGCGCUGCCUCGGCAUGGACGAGAAGCCCCUGAUUCUGUUUAAGCAGCUGGAUAAGGAAGGCAAGAAGCCCAUGUUCAUGCUGCGGAAGACGAACAGCGCACAGGUGGACGGCGACAUUCCCGGCAUGAGCAUGAACCCGGCCAGAGGAGCUGCGACAGGCUACGAUCCGCCGGGAGGCAUCAUCUGA